AAGUUUUCUCGCCCUUCGCAUUCGUUUCUUAUAUCAGUGUGAAGUUCAUACAUAAAUGAUUUCUGCUUUGAAACCGCUCUUUAUUAUGUCAUGAGCUCAUGCACUAAUUCCUGAAUUGUGAAGCCAGCAAGUGCUAAUACGUUGUUCAUCCAUCUUCUGGCCUUGUGCAACUGGGGAAUUUGUUCUGUGUUUAAUUUUUUUGGUUUUGCGUUGAGUGCUGGCAAGCGUUUCAUUACGUACAGAACGAGUAUGAGUUGUGAUGAUUUGGUGGGAUUUUUUUAAAUAGUUGAACGUCGGCUGGGUAUUGAGUUCAAAGUGGGUUGAGUCUUAGGCUGAUAGUUCAAGUUUGAGUGAACAGGGCUUGGUCGAACAAGUGCUACGUGACAAGCGGGCUUCACGCGUGCUCAAAAGCUACCUGUAAUCUGCUUAGGUGAUCCGCUGAAGGUGAUCAACUGAAAAGAUGUCGAGGACUUUAGUCGAUCCGCUCUACUAUGGCAAGCCGGAACCAGUCUGGGUGACCAAUAAUCGACACCGACUUUUGGGGACCCCCUACCAGCACACUCCAACGUCGAGUAGCGGCGCGUAUGAGUUCGGCCCAUACACGCGCGGAACAGUCUUGCCGGAUGUGAUAAUCAGGGCGCCCUUGUACGACUUAGUGGACGUUUCCAGAAUUAAGGAUGUCCUUGGCGUGGAAGUCGUGAACCUUGUGCGGAGAGUGAUGAGCACUGCCCACAUCAUAAAUAUCGCGGAAGCGCCCCCAACAGCAGUCCUGCAGCCAGCUUACACAACACCCGUGGAUCGAACCAGAACCACAGCUUACGAUGAUAUGUAUGCUUACGAAGGCCGCUCCGGCUACGUUCCUCCUUACGUAGCCCCAUACGGCGGCCGGUCAUACGACAACGAGUUCAGGCCUGGACGGUACUACAACUACUGAAGCUUGCGGUCGUAGCCACUUCUGUCUCCUGCAAAACGUACUAGGUUUAGAGACCGAGCAGGUUUAGAAGAUUAAUCCCCGGCAGUACUUGUGGAAGAUUCUUCUAAAAAUCCCAUUUUGCAUGAUCUUUUAUGAAAUCAGACUUAGUUGUCAGGAUUUUAUUGCAAAAGAAACAGCAUGAAGUUGGCAACAAGGAGCUCCUGUAAGCUAGUUGCAGGGAGGGUAGGUUUAAGCUACUAGGUAAAGAGUUUGCGGUGCGAUGUAUGGAUAGCCGGCCAUGUACAGAGAAUCCAGAUAUUAAUUUUAACCUAUCUUUAAGGGAAAUACUGGAACUAGUAGUUGUGCUGUUAACCUUUGCCAAUUUGACGGCAUACUGAUGAACUUAUUGGUUUUUA